GGACCUAAUCUUCUUCUUCUUAGUCGGUUCUCCACUAUUCCGAUCAGUACCACGGCAAUCGUCGCUCGGUAUCCGGUAGCACGGAUCAACAUCAACUCAGGCAGUCGGAAGUUAAGCCUUCUUCUACUGUUGUUCACUCUUCAGUCCAGCAGUAGCGUCCACGGUCCAGCCUCAGGAUCCAGAAGAUGAGGAACACCAGCCGUCGCCCUCCGAACGAGUCCUUCGCGGAUGACAGAAAGCCCCCGCCGACCCCCAUGUCCUCUGGAGAUCCCUGGUUAUACCCCGGAGUUGGAGGGCGUCGCGAUUCUGACGCAAGCUUUUGCAGCAACCGCUCUGCUGCGAGUUCUGUUCCGAUAACUGAUCGAGGGAACCAAAUUUCAGCCAUCCGAACUAUCAAUUCGUUUCUUGCCUCUCACUCAUGUCCAAUCAUCAUCAAGCCUUCUUUACCAUCCGGAAAGGAAGUAAUUGAAACCCUAAAAUUCAUACUCAACUGCCUUGAGUUUCCUUUAAAAAAACUCGAAGAUGAUCUUUUCACUGUUUUAAAAUUCCUCAACUGUCCAAUUAAGAUCAACAAAUCGGCUCUUAAAUCUCCUGGAACUCCUCAUGUAUGGCCGAGUCUCCUAGCUGUAAUCCAUUGGUUGGUCCAACUCUGCAUGUAUGACGACUGUUCAACCGAACCUACGCAGGUCAUUUCGAUGUUUGAGGACAAUAAGAUGCUGACUAAUUUGACAGAGAGUUAUAAACACUUCCUUCAGGGUGAUGAUGAGGCAGCUGAAAUGGUGGAUAGGGAGUUCAUUGAUAAGUUGGUGCUAGAUAAGGAUGCUGUGCAAGAAGGUGUGAAUUUGGCGGAGGAAAACGUAAAGAGUUUGGAGGCAAAGUUGGAAAGUCUGAGGUCGGAGCCAUCUCUUAUAGAAUUGAGGGAAAGAGAGAUGAGAUCUCUGGAAGAAGAUUAUGGAAAAUUUCAGGUGAUAGUUGAUCAAUAUAAUGGACAUAAAGUAAGUUUGGAAAAAUCAUGUGAAGAUAAAGAGAAGAAAUUGGAAACAAAAGUUAUGGAGACUGUCAAGGUUUGUGAGGAAAACGAGGAGUUGAGAAAGAAGAUUGAAAUUCAGGGUAUUAAUGCGAGGGAUGCAGAGAGGAUGAAGAAGGAAUUGCAGGCAGUGGAAAGGGAUAUUGCAGAGGAAGAAACUGCAAGGAAUUCUUGGGAGGAGAAGGCUUGGGAGCUCGAUUCUUCUAUUAGCCAAAAGUUAAAAGAACUUGAGACACUUUUGAUGGACGGCAAUCAAGCUCUUAAGAGGAUAAAGCUUGGGAAUACAUUCCAGUAUGAGUUAAAUAGCAGAGGUUCAACGGCUGCUGACGUUUUGGGAAUUGAUUAUAAGUCAACUCUAAAGCCUGCUCUCGACUCCUUAGCUAAUGAUAUAAAGAACAACUCAAUGACAAAGCUGGAAGAGCGUAUAUCUCUUCAGCAACAGUCAGUUGAUAUUGCAGCAAAGAUAGAGGCAAAAAAAAUCCGCCUUUUAUCUCUUCAAUCGUGUUUGGAUGAAGUGGAAGAACAAAUUAAUUGGUUGAAGAAGGACAGCCAAGAUUAUAUUUCAAGAUGUGCUUCCCAAGCACAAAUGAUGGUAGAGAACGUUGAAUCAGAUGCUCAUAAAUUGGAAGCUCUCGAAAAAGAAGUAGAAAUGUUUUUGAACAAUUCAAAACUAGAGUUGCAGAAAACAGUAUCAGAAGAUGAAGAAGAGACUCAGAUGUGCGCCCGUGAACUUUUUGCAGUGGUGGAUUCGGUUUCCAAAUAUAAGGAAAAUGUUGCAUCGAAAAUCAAUGAGAUGGAGACAAAGCUGUCGGAGACCGUUAAUGCCAUCUCAGAUAUGCACAGAAGUUCGUACUACGCACAAUUUGAUAACAUCUAGGCCAUGUAAAACAUGGAUCAUCAACAUGUUCCCUUUUUUAUGUUUGUAAUAUCUAUGGAAGUUAGUUUACUCCAUUCACUUGAUGUUAAUUUCAUAAUUGGCUGAUUAAGUUUAAAUUGUAAGGAAAUGUAGAUUUAUGUGGUAGUAGUUUGUACCUCAAAUUUGUAUAAAUAGAUUUUUGUGAUACAA